AUGAUUUCGGCGAACAUAACCUCAACGAGUGGAUUCCUCCUCAUGGGGUUUUCUGACAUUCGUGAGCUACAGAUUUUACAGGCUUUCCUGUUCCUGGUGAUGUAUCUUUUAACCUUGGCAGGCAACCUCAUCAUUAUCAUCAUCACCACAUUGGACCAGCGUCUCCAUUCUCCGAUGUAUUAUUUCUUAAAACACCUUUCCCUUCUGGACCUCUCCAUCAUUUCUGUCACAGUCCCCCAGUCCAUUGACAAUUCUCUGAUGGAUGAUGGCUAUAUUUCUCAUGGUCAGUGCAUGCUCCAGGUUUUCUUCUUCACAACUUUUGCAUGGGCUGAGGUGGCCAUUCUUACAGUGAUGUCUUAUGACCGGUAUGUAGCCAUCUGCUUCCCAUUGCACUAUGAUGUCAUCAUGGAUCCCAAUAUAUGUAAGUGGGCUGUGAUAGCUGUAUGGUUAAGUGGUAGCAUCUCUGGCAUCUUGAAUACAACAACCACAUUCUCUAUCACAUUCUGUAGAGCCAAAAUAAUCCACCAUUUCUUCUGUGAUGUCCCCCAGUUACGAAAGCUCUCCUGCUCCAAUAACUACCUUGGAGUGUUUGGAGUGGAUGCUUUCCUAUCUGUGAUGGCAUUCAUCUGCUUCAUCUCUAUUGGCCUCUCCUAUAUCCACAUCUUCUCCACAGUUCUAAGAAUGCCCUCUGCUGCGGGCCGAUCCAAGGCCUUCUCCACCUGCCUGCCCCACCUCUUUGUUGUCUCAUUUUUUCUCUCCACAGGUAUCUUUGAGUUUCUCAAACCAAAUUCAGAAUCUCCAGCUCUUUUUGACCUCAUGAUUUCUAUCUUUUAUACAGUAAUGCCUCCAACACUCAACCCUAUUAUCUAUAGCCUCAAGAAUGAGGCCAUGAAAGGAGCUUUCAGAAAGUUAGUGUUGAGUAGAAAAUUCAAAAAGAUAUUUUUGUCCUGUCAUUGA